UGUUCUGGUUCCCUCCAUUGCUGCUGCUGCUGAGAAGAACCACAGCUGCUUGAGCUUCUGCUUCUUCGAGCGCAUUCACUUCCUUUGCAGCAGCAGGAAUUCGUGCGAGGAGGAGGAGCUGCUGCAAUCGAGCUGUGAGGGGGCCUCGCGAAGAUGGUGAGGCUGUCGGCGGACUUGAUCUGGAAGAGCCCCCACUUCUUCAACGCCAUCAAGGAGCGGGAGCUCGACCUCCGAGGUAACAAGAUUGCGGUGAUCGAGAACUUGGGGGCCACUGAGGACCAAUUUGACACUAUUGAUUUGUCCGACAAUGAGAUCGUUAAGCUGGAAAACUUUCCAUACCUUAAUCGGUUGGGUACUUUGCUUAUAAAUAACAAUAGAAUUACUCGCAUCAACCCCAAUAUCGGAGAGUUCUUACCGAAGUUGCACACGCUGAUUCUUACAAACAACAGAUUGGUCAACUUGGCUGAGAUUGAUCCUCUUGCAUCCCUUCCAAGGCUCCAAUAUCUUGGUUUGUUGGAUAAUAAUGUCACAAAGAAACCCAAUUAUAGGUUGUAUGUGAUUCACAAACUAAAAUCGCUUCGGGUGCUGGAUUUCAGGAAAGUAAAAAGCAAGGAGAGAUUAGAAGCAGAACAGCUAUUUUCAUCUAAAGAAGUCGAAGAGGAAGCUAAAAAGGAAUCGACAAAGACGUUUAUGCCGGGAGAGGUUCAAAAGGUUUCUGAACCCACCGAAGAACAGCAGGCUCCAAAAGUUGUUGCCCCUACACCGGAGCAAAUCAUUGCUAUAAAGGCGGCCAUAGUGAAUUCACAGACCCUUGAAGAGGUUGCCAGACUUGAAAAGGCUCUGAAGUCAGGUCAGCUUCCGGCGGAUCUGAAAAUACCGGAGGUUGUUACUGGGGCUGGAAGUGUCGAGGAAAGAGAUGAAGAAAUGACUUAUACUAAUCAAGAUGAAGCUGAUGUUGAACAGAAGAAUGUAGAGGAGCAAACAGACAAUGAACCUGCGCCCAUGGAUCAGGAAUAGGAGGUUUCAAGUGGUUGGUUUAUCGGACAGUUCUUCGUCAUCAGCCUUGGAAUGGAAAGAGCCAGCGAUCUGGGAGAGUGCUGGAUGUUGUCCAUGUAUAAUUAAUUAUGGAAGGGGCGAAUAUGUUUUCCCUUUUCAUCUGUUGGUUAGAACUGAACCCAAUUUGUACUUUAAUAUCUCUCCCAGUUUGCCAGUAGGAUGAAUCCUCCCUGUCUCUAUUAGAUAUUCACCUCUAGAGCCAUUUUCUGGUAGUUUUAAGGAAUUUUAGAUGAAUAUUUUUUUGUGCACGAUAAUUGCCUAAGCUUUUGUUUGCGGAUAAAUAUCAUUCUCAUGGAAAGGAAGAGAGCGUCUUUUGCUUGA